AUGCCGGAUCAAGAAGCCGAGACAGUCGCUUGCGCCUUCUACACCGGCUGGAUCUGCCGUUUUGGCCCACCGAGACGCCUGACCACCGACCAAGGACGACAAUUCGAAUCAUACCUGUUUCAGUCGCUCAGUUGUCUGACAGGCACGACUCACCUGCGGACGACCGCUUAUCACCCGCAAGCGAAUGGCAUGGUGGAACGACUCCACCGGCAACUGAAAGCUGACAUCCGUUGUCACCAGAACGACACGUGGACGCAGAUCCUGCCCACCGUCCUCCUAGGCAUACGAGCAUCGUGGAAGGAUGACCUUGAAGCUACCUCGGUAGAGCUGGUAUACGGCGAACCACUGCGACUACCUGAAGAGUUACUCGCUCCUAGCGAACGCCAGCAGGAAGAUCCAGCGUUUUUCAUCAGGCAGCUUCGAGGAUACCUACAGCAACUGCGACCAGCAGCCGUCGAACGCCAUGGAACAACGAAAACGUUCGUGUUUAAAAAUUUGGCAACUUCGAAGCACGUUUUCAUACGACACGACGCCGUAAAAAACGCCCUCCAAAUGCCGCUAAAACCAGCCUACAUCGUCAAAGAAGACAACCGGGACCACCAACCGACUCCAACGACACCAACAACAUCACCCAACGCAGCCGACCAGACACAGCCGCCACCAACACCCCAGGAGCAGCCAAACCGACACGAACCCGCCCAGGACGAGAGGACGCCAGACCAACCAACAACUCGACGAUCAGGGAGACGCGUGCGUUUCGCAGAACGUUACCAAGCGGGAUUCUCAUAA